AUGAUCGAGAAGGCAGUGUGAGCCUGACAAACAGAAAGCGGUUCGUGCGUGUGUGUGCCGAAAUUUGUCAUUCGAGUUUUAUGAUUUUUGGUCAUAAACCUCUACGUAAAACAAUAAGUUAGCAUUAAUAACGAAGUUGGUUCGGAAAUGGCAGGUGCAAUGCUGUUCGAACGUGCCCAAGCAGUUUCUAUGACGAAUAGGAGCGAGGGGAUUUCACUCCUCAACGAAAUCGUCUCAGAUCCGAGUAUCGGGAUCGCCGAGGAUGACGAGGACAAUAUUAGGGUCAAGGAACAGGGUAUCCUUCACCUCGGAGAACUCUACAAAAAAGAAGGCAAAGCUAAGGAAUUGGCCGACCUCAUCAAGGCAACCCGACCCUUCCUUAGCCUCAUUAGUAAGGCCAAGGCAGCUAAGCUGGUUCGAUCUUUGGUCGAUUUCUUCCUGGAUCUAGAAGCUGGUAUCGGUAUUGAGGUACAAUUAUGCAAAGAGUGUAUAGAAUGGGCAAAAGAAGAAAGAAGAACUUUUUUGAGGCAAUCCUUGGAGGCGCGGUUAGUGGCCCUUUAUUUCGACACCGGGAUGUUUGGCGAGGCCCUCCAGCUUGGAUCUGCCCUCCUCAAAGAAUUGAAAAAACUAGACGACAAGCAACUACUCGUCGAAGUUCAAUUACUUGAGAGUAAAACUUACCAUGCACUUAGUAAUCUGGCUAAAGCCAGAGCUGCGUUAACUAGCGCAAGAACGACUGCCAAUGCCAUUUAUUGUCCACCUAAAAUGCAAGCUGCUCUAGAUCUGCAAUCUGGAAUUCUUCACGCCGCUGAUGAGCGAGACUUCAAGACUGCCUACUCCUAUUUUUACGAAGCUUUUGAAGGAUACGACAGUGUGGAAUGCCCCAAAGCUCUGACCGCAUUGAAAUACAUGCUGUUAUCAAAAAUAAUGUUGCGCACCCCAGAGGAUGUCCAAUCGAUAAUGUCUGGAAAACUUGCAGUAAAAUAUGCCGGACGUGAUCUUGACGCUAUGCGGGCUGUCGCUGAGGCUAGCCACAGACGAUCUUUGGCGGAGUUUCAAACAGCUGUCAAAGAUUACCGACAGCAGCUCGAGGAAGACGUGAUCGUGCGAGCACAUCUCGGCUCCCUUUACGACGCUAUGCUUGAACAGAAUCUCUGCCGUCUCGUCGAGCCCUACUCGCGCGUGCAGGUCGGUCACAUAGCGUCGUGUAUAUCGCUGCCACUGGCUCAAGUAGAAAAGAAACUGUCACAAAUGAUUUUGGAUAAGAAAUUACGAGGUGUCCUUGACCAAGGUGAAGGUGUGCUGAUCGUAUUCGAAGAUACUCCGAGAGAUAAGACCUACGAGAUUGCUUUGGACACGCUACAUAGUAUGGGCAAGGUCGUCGAUACCUUGUACCAGAAAGCUAAGAAACUUACCUAGCCCUAUUUAUUAAAAAUUUGUAUAAGCAAAAUCUAUUAAUAUUAUCAUUAUUAUAAUUGCUACUACCGAUUAUUACAAUUAAUAAUUAGACGCUGUCAUUGAAUAUUGCCAAUUAACUCUGUUCACCUAAAAAUUAUUGAGCUUAGUCCAGACGAUCAUAUUCUAAAUAACGAAGUUAGGCUGAAUGUGAUUGUUCCAAAAAAUCUGUGAACAGUUUUCUUUGCUGCUCGCUGCCUGUCAGUUUAAAUCCAAAUUCUAAAUACUAUCGAGGACGUUCAAUUGAAAAAUAAAAAAUUCAUACGUAAUGAAAGAAGACCCCUUGUCUCAUCAACUUCUCUGUGUGCUAUCUUCAACGCUCAACAGCUCACAAAAUUAUGAUCGUUUGAACUGAACUUUCGUCCGAUGAUCGAUGACCCAGCUCACCGUUUUAGAUUUGAUUUACAAAUACGACUGAUGAUGGUUCACACUCAAUUAGUACUUACAUACUGGAUUUACAAAAUACAUGAAGAACUGAUUGUUUCGUAAUGAACAAAUAAAGAAUUGAUUCAA